AUGCGAUUAAAAUGUUUAAGGCCCUGGCUGAUCUUCUUCGCCGUCGUCGUCGCACAGGCUGACAAAACGUAACGUUGAGCUGUACAUAUGAUAAAUUAUAUAGAAAUGAUACGUUUAAGGUGUACCGUGUCUUUCCCCAACAGAUGGCACACAUAGGCCUGUUGGAUAGUAUGGAGUUGGACAACAAAGAUGUUGUUGUAAGGGCUGUAGUUUCUUUUUAUAGUCUUUUAACUUAAAUCGAAUUACUUCUUUUGUCAUCCUGACUGUUAUUUAAGCUUUCUACAGUAUUAAGCAUUCAUAAGAUGAAAAUUUUUUAAAUUGAAAGGAAUUUAAGUAGCAUUUAGCUUGACUUUUGGCAUAAAACGAAAACUCCCGGUGAAUUCUCAGAUAUUAUGAUCUCUUCUCGUUACGAGCCUUGGUUUCCCCAGUAUUUAGCAAACAACAACAUUCCGUUCAACGUGACUGUCCCUGAUGUUCAAGCGUAAGUACGGUACUUACUUCAUACUGUAAUAUUUCUUUUGAGGUUGAUAAUUCAGAAAGAAAAACGCAAAAAAGAUGACAAACCACGAAUGAGGAGGACGCUUAACCAGCCUCGUGAGUUUUUGGUGCCAUGCUUGACUAUGCUAUCUAAAUUUAUUUUACGAUCUGUACAUUAUAGUGUAUAAUCAGGAUAUCUUAAUUGUUUAUCUUACAGUAUAUGACCAAGAUUAUGAAGUUGUCGGUAAAACGAAAGCAGAGUUUCGUUUCGGAGAGUACAGUAGUUACGCGUCCAUGGUACGAUACUUGAGGACGUUGGAGUUCUAUUACCCGCAAUUGGUGCGACUGAUACGGAUUGGUACUUCUCAUGAAGGAAGACCAAUAGAGGGGGUUAAGGUAUGACAAUAUGCAAACAUUCAUAUAACUGUCACAUUUAUGUAGUGAUUGGUAUUACUAAUUUUAGAUAGGCUUUGCUGUGUCGAAUAUAACGAAACGUGCUGUUUGGAUAGAUGGCAAUAUACACGCAAGAGAGUGGGCUUCUAGUCAUACGGCAUUAUUCAUCAUCAAUCAAGUACGUUCUCAACAAAGUGAUCGGUUAACAAGUACUAUUUGCAUAAAGACUAACUACUACAAUACUUCUUUCAGCUGGUAUCAAACUAUGGAGUAGACAAACGAAUAACAGACUACCUGAACACUUUGAACUUCUACAUCGUGCCUUGUCUGAAUCCAGAUGGCUACGAGUAUUCCCGAAGCUCCGUAUUGCCUCAGGUAAGACUAAUGUCAUACUAUGACUUCUGAUUCUAGAUUCGACUGUGGAGGAAGAACAGAUCUCCAGAAAGAUGUAUGCCAACUCAAUGGGGUGGUAUUCGAUGUUGUCAGGGGGUGGAUCUCAACCGAAACUUUGACUUCCAUUGGGCAGGUACGUCACAUAUGAUUGUUGAUGACCGUAUUUUAGAAACCGGCUCAAGCGACAACCCUUGUUCCAAUCUCUACGCUGGAGAAUAUGCCUUCAGUGAGCCAGAAUCACAGUGAGUUUAACAUUAAUGCAAGUGCAAAGUCAACAUAAGCUGAAUAUUGAAACUUAAAUGAUAUUGUUUAUACGAAAUUUAUCAACAAAACGUCAAUCCUCUUAAAAUGACGGUCAAUUUCAGUGCAGUAGCCACGUUUCUACAGUCGAAUAACCUCAAAGGAAAGUUGGAUGUGUUCGUGACAUUACACACGUAUGCACAGUUCUGGAUACACCCCUACAGUCACAUCAGAAAACAGUACCCUAAGGACCUGGACAACAUUGUAAGCAGUUUUACGUCCACAGUAAUCCGUUUUAGUUAGAAGUUGCUGAAAAGGCUACAAAACGCCUCAAACAGAUCUACGGAACCGAGUACCAAGUGGGCACCGGUGCCGAUUUGUUAUGUGAGUUACUUUUAUGUAAAACUAUUGCAUAUAACUAACAUAACGUUACACUCAUACCUAAUAUAACAUGACUGUGUUUAUGUUACCAAUUCAUAGAGAUUUAUUUCAGCCCCAGCAGCUGGCGGAUCCGAUGAUUGGGCCAAAGAGAAGCUGGGUGUAAAGUACGUCUAUCUACUGGAACUACGACCUCAAAACAAUAGUAAGUCACCUAUAUGUUAGAUUACUGUGUUUAGUGAAAAACGGCUUCAUAUUGGACCGCACCGAGCUUUUACCGGUCGGUAUCGAGACAUUGGAGGGACUGAAAGUGGUUUUCGACACGGUUUUACAAUCGACCACUACCCACAAAAGCUUCAAUGUCGCCGUGAACAACACCCUGGACAUAAGGAAGAUUACUCCGGCUACUACUACUACUACUACAAGUUACCCUUUCUCGUUUAAUCCUCGAGUCACUCAGUACAACAUCUACAACACCUUCUAUGUUACUCGACGACCUUUUUAUACGACGCCGAUGACAACAACAAUUACUACAACCACGACUAGUACAACUACAUCAUCAUCGAGUACCUCCGCUUUUUCAACUUUGACGACAAAGACUACCACCAAACUUUCAACAACAUCAAUACUGGCAACGUCAAGGGCAACUACCAAGUCAUCGACGACAACUACAACAACAUCACCAGCGACGACCAAAUCAGACGUUAUGAAUACGACGAUGCGGACCAAAACAAUUGAUCUAGUGGAGAAUUUGCCGUUCGAGACACGGAAACAACUCAGCGAAGAACUUUUGAGGAAGCAACUCAGUAAGUUGGUUUCAAAUAUAUCAAUGAUAACAUGUCUAAUAGUAGUUCACAUUUUUUACAGUAAGCCUCUCUCAAAUUAUUUCAGUGAGAAUCAAAAACUUGGUAAUGAUCAAUAUCACUACCCCUCAAACCUCUACAACAACACAGAAAUCAACCAUUAAAGAUACGACUACAACAACCAUCGUAACCAUCACGGUUGCGACAACUCCACCAACAACAACCAUAGGGUCUACUUCUAAAAUAGAUAGCACAAAUUCUGUAACUUCACAAGCAACUACAGUAUCUACACCUGAACCUAAGACUACACAGAUAUCAGCGGUUACUGUAACUUCGACUACAAGACCUGACACUGCUACAACCAAAUGCGUAGACAAGAAGUACUCGUGUGCCUUCUGGAUCAACGCCGACAAGAAAGCCUGCAGAACACAGAGGAGGUUUAUGGAGACAAACUGUGCCUUCUCAUGCGGGUACUGUACUUUGGACUAG